UCUACGCUUGAGAUCCAGCUGAGCUUCUCCCGUCGGAGAUGGAGUCACGUGUUCCGUACCUUCGUCCCUAGUGUCGUCAUUGUGGGCUGUUCCUGGAUCUCCUUCUGGCUCCAUCCACGUGACGUCACGGCGAGAGUCCAGCUGUGUGUCACUGCCAUACUGGCCCUCAUUACCGCAAUGGCCAACAAUCGUAUGAAACUUGGGGUUACAGAGGUAAGAGCAGAAGAUGUCUGGAUGUGCGGAGGUAUCAUCACCGUGGGACUAGCUCUGAUGGAGACAGUUGUCGUCAACUCCGUGCUCCGCGGAAACAUUAUCAUGCCCUCCUUCUGUAAGCGCCAUAGACCACGAGUUGAGCCUACACCAGGACCAUCGACAUCUUGGGCUGAAGACGAGGAAACUGUGGACACAUCGUCUCCCGAGACUGCCGACAAGAUCGACUUCUUCUCCAGGAUCCUGUUCCCAAUAAGUUUUACUGUCUUUGUAAUUGGAUACCUUCUGCACUAUGUAGGGUGAAAGAUGCUUAUGAUUAUCAUAUUGUUGGACAUUAUACUUUCGACAAUAGUCUUGAAUAUCUAAAUGUUGUUAUUGAACAUCACCAGGGAUUUGAGCUGUUCGAUUGAAAAGCUUAAGAUAUGAAAAUGUAUUGUUUUUUUUACAGUAACUUAUUAUCAGUUUUAAGACAUCGUUGCAAAUGGCUCAAGUUAAUCAAUUGUUCGCUAAUGUCAUUACUUAAGAAUUGUAAACCAUGCAACUAAGCUGCUAUGAAUGAAGAAUUGAGAAGACAGCAAGUGAAAAAGUCCGGAUCAGUUUCGGGAUCAGAAAAUAGCUUAAUGUCCUAUCGCUCUAAGGUAUCCAUAAUGUGUGAUUGUAAUAAAGUAUGUUUUUAGAUUUAAUGAA